AUGCGAUUCCUGUACCUGACCUGCACGAUUCCAAGGCAAGCGGUCGUGAAGGAAGAGUACAUCGACUUUGUGAGUCGUAACCACUUCGCGAUUGCUUUCGAAGACCAGUGCUUCUUCUUAUUGGCCUUAUCUCAAAAUCGGAUCUGGCUGGACAGAGGGGAGGCCUCGGGGACAAGGAGCCUGCAGCGUGACGAAAUGCAGGUGCUGGAACCUGGGAACCGCAUCCUGCUUGGCACCAGCGAGGCGAGGUCGGAGGCUCCGGAGGCAUCGACUCACCGAGGCAGGCUUCACGCCGAAGGGAGAACUGGAAACAAUGUGGCAGCUAUAGUAAACAUGCUGCAUCAUGAAGCCGAUGUGGAUCUGCUGCCUCGGCAGACCAUCUUCUGUUGCUUGGAGAAACCUUUCGUAUUAUCGCAUGUCAUCAUUGCUGGAGUUCUCUUUGGAUCAAUAGCUAAAUCUGUAAACAACAACUCGCGCAAGCUCCAAUAG